AUGAACACCCUCCCGACCACUUUUAUCAAAAAGUGCGUCAUGUUGUUCGAGGCCUUCAUUGCUGCUCACUUGCACUUGAACAAGGACGCCUCGUCGGCGGCUGGUGGCAGCACUGGACCAUCUGCUGCCGGCUCGCCCAAGCGGCCAGCGAACGACACUGACUUUUCUUCCGCCAACCGUUCUUCGGGUGGACUGCGUCAGUCCGUUCUGCUGGCAGCGACACGCGAGCCUCAUCUGUAUGGUGCAAUGGUUCCGUUCAAGCAGAGAAUUGCUCACUUUACUCCUGAUGCGCGCGUCCGCGAUCUGGUACGCGACUUGAGCACGACUUUUAACGACGUUCUGCGGCGUGGUGGCCACUUUGCGUUGGGCAUUUUCCACGAUUCGCCCGUCGACAAGCACCUGACCUUCCGCCCAUUCCCGCGCUUGUCGGCCUUCCCGCUCUUCUUCCCAGAGCUGCUCACAGUGGACAGCAAGCGUUUGUGGAUCCGAGCGUACAAGGCGGACUUGUACGCAUUCCAUUUGCGCGCUUCGAACAUGAACGCGAAUGGCACGACAACAGCAGCCGCUGGAGGCGCCGACGCGGUUCGUGGUGGCGGGCGAGUGCGCGGAUUGGGUCUUCCUGGCGUUCCAACGCCCGGUGGUGGUGCAGGAGUCACGACAGCUUCUGCCAGCUCUUCGUCAACAGCAGCAACUACUGCUGCUGCUGCUGCUCACACCGCAGCUCAAGCUGCUGGCUCGACGGCGACUGCGACAGACCCUCUGACUUUGGUUCGGGCCUUGGCAGGCUCUUCCAGCUCCUAUUCGAGAGCCUUGCAACAGGCGAUGACAAUAGCGGCCACGGCCGCCUCCAACACCAGUUCAGCAUCGUCCUCGGCCGAUACAGAACCCAGACCCGGCCCACAUUUGACAGUGAGAUCUGCUACUGCUGCUGCUGUUCCUGCUGCUGCUACUGCUGCCUCUCUCCUUGAGCCCGCUGACGACAACGCAGAUGGCCUCGAGGCACAUGACGACCUGGUUCGCUUGCAACGCAUGGGGCGGCAGGUGGACUUUGGCGGCGUGUCUGAACGGGCUGGCGCUUCGCCUCAUCCGUUUUCGCAGUCGCUGUCCCAGUCUCUGUCGCCCGUUCCAUCCCAGUCUCAGUCGCAGCCCAUGAGUAUCCAUCCCUUCGCGAUGGGGUCGCCGACCCCUGCAACUCCGCCAGCGCCUGUGGCUCCUGCUCUCAACACGAACGCGGAUGGUGUUGUUGCGGCAGCGGCAUCAUCAUCAUCAUCAAUGUCGUCGUCGAUGACGGCGGCGCCUUUUACUACCGCAGCCGCUGCAUCGAAUAUGGGUCAACGCACGGUGCUGCCCGCCCCGCGAUCGUCGUCGCCGUCUGCCUUCCGCGCUACUUUGAUGGAGGUGCGUGCUGCUGCCCUCGCCAGCAAUGAGCCGCCACUUCGCCGUGGCCCUGGCCGAGGCGCGUGGCCGCGUCCCUGGCUUUCAACUGCGGUGGCCUCCCAGGCCUUGGCGUCGACGGGACCUGGCACUCCCAUUCAUUCCAUGCCGAUGCUCAUCACCUCGCUCCCGAGCCCAAUGAUUGUUGGUGGUGGUGACACACCCGGGCCGCCGUCCCCUGCUGCUGCUGCUGGGCCGGCCGGACCAAACUUUAUCAUCCCCAUUGAUGGUGUGCACACGCCUUCUCCUCCACAACCUCCGCGUGGCGCCGGUGCAACGCUCCAUCCCAGCACGUUCGAUCCGUUUGCGGCUGCGGGUGAUGCAGCCUCGUCGACUGUUGCUGUCGCGGGCACGCCAGCAGCAGACAACUCCGUUCGUGCGGAUGAUGGCGGCGGCGCCGCCGCUACCCCACGCAUAUCCCUGUUACAAACGCCGAACGCCCCCUCGUUUGAUGUUUUUUCGCAUGUCAUGUCAGCCUUCACGCGUGCGUGGGACAGUCGAGUAGCAGCACAGUUAUCGUCGACCGCGAUGAAUGAGCAUCAUUCAAUCCCUGGCUCUACCGCUGUCGCGAGAGGCCCAGCGCGUACGCGAAACGGUGAUAGCAUGAGUGCCGAAGUUGGGACUCUGUCGUCGUCCGCCUCCAGUGAGAGCGCCAGCUCCAACCACAGCAGCGACUCGAACAACAACAACAACAACGCUUCGGCCGCCGUCCCAGGGCAAGGUCAUGCGACCAACGGGCAUGGAAAUGGUCCCACUGGUCCCACUGGUCCCACUGUUACCGCAUCCGCCGUUCUCGUUGGGCCCGGCACCACCAGCGAUGGACGAGAGACAAUGCAUGUGCAAGUGCUUCCUGGAUCAAACGCGCUGGCUUCUGCUGCCGCGGCUGCUGUCAUGCAAGGUCUUACACACGGAACAGCCGUCGUCGUCAAUGGUCGCGAUGCCGAUGUUCGUGGCUUGGCCCAGCUGGCAGCGGCUCUGCGAAACCAGCGCGGCGAGCCGCAGGAAGGGCCUGGCCGAGCCACACCAACGCCUACAGCGGUAGCGGCCAUGGCUGUGAAUGUGACGCCAGGAAACCUUGCUCGCGUCGUCCCUCCUCGUGCCUAUUUGCACAUUGACCGUCGUCGGCCGCUCGAGUCUGCCUUCCGCAGUCUGCUCAUGACCGAUCGCUGGGCCACUCUUGGUCUCCCCGGAGCUUUGCAUGUCGAGUUUAUUGGCGAAAGCGGCGCCGGUCCUGGUGUGCUGCGUGAGUGGUGCACCGUCAUGACGGAGGCGUUCCUGGAUCCUCGCCAAGGCCUGUUUGUCACGUAUGACAAGGGCCUGACGUACCAUUUAGCUCCUGCAUUCGACGGCGACGACGAGCUCAUGGUCGACGAGGUCGUUCCAGACCCGUCCUUGCCCGUUGCUGCGUCUUCGACCAACAUCACUGCCACUCCAAUGGACACGACAACGUCGGCAGCGACCACCACUACGGCAACCACGGCCGCGGCUGUUCCGCCUCCCGCAACACUUCCUACAACAACAACAGCAGCAACAACAACAACAACAACAACAACAACAACAACAUCAACAACAACUGCCCAAGACGCUCCACCAUCUUCCGCUCCUGAACAACAAGCUGCGGCGACGGAUUCGUCCACUUCGCCGCCGCGGCCCAUCACGAAGCUCGACUUGUGCGAGCUCGCUGGCCGUUUCCUGGGCCUGUCCAUCCUUCUUGGUGUUAGCCUUCCCAUGCGUCUCACCCGGCCGCUGUUGCAGCUUUUGUUGGUGGCGGACAACACGCCUCGGCCAUGGCGCAUUUCUGAUUUGGCGUAUUUUGAUCGGGAGUUCUACGAGUCUCAUCUCCUCUACGUCCUUCACAAUAAUGUGGAGGGGUUGGACUUGAACUUUACCCACACGGUGGAACUGCCAGCUCCGCGCGCAGAGAGCGUGCCAGCGGUAGAUUCGGCCGCGCGCGCGCUGGCUGAAGCAGCUCGGCACAGCCACCAGCCGCUCUUGGACGACACCGUUCCAAAGCCUGACAGUGCUGCUGCUGAUGACGCUGUUGUCGCGAUGGUGAUGGACGGCGGCGACUCUGCUUCCGCUGUUGUUGACGUGCCGCUUUCGCGAGGCAAGCGAGGAUUGAGUACGUUGCUCGAGUCGGAUGCGCAGAUUGAGCAUCCUCUUGACGCGAUUCUCUGGAAGGCGGCAGCCGAUGCUGCUGCUGCCGCCGCUCCUGACUCGUCGUCCACCGCCAACAAGCGCGCUCGGACGUUGGUCGAUGUCGAAAUCAUUCCCAAUGGAGCCGACCUGGUGGUCACCGCUGAAAACAAGCUCGAGUACAUCCGGCAUCUGGCCGAGUUCCGUGUGCUGAAUGGCGUGGAAAGCCGGGUGCGCUCGCUGCGGAACGGCUUCCUAUUCCUGCUACCGCUGACCCAAGACCCCGUGCUUGCUCGUCUGGGUCUCACUGCGACCGAGCUGGACUUGCUGCUGUCUGGCGAACCGACAAUCGACGUGAACGAGUGGAAGGCCUGCACUGGCUACUCGACCACGAUGACCCCGUCGUCGCCGUUGGUGCAGUGGUUCUGGGAAGUUGUCGAGACCAUGUCGCAGGCCGAGCGGGCACAGCUCCUCCUCUUCUGGACUGGGUUUUCGCGUCUGCCGACCGGCGGCAUGGGCUCGCUCACCCAGGCAUCCGAGCCGUUUGCUCUCAUGAUGAACAGUCGUCGGCUGCCAUUUACAAUCACACAAGCCGGCAGUCCCGACCGGCUUCCUUCCUCGUCGACUUGCACGCUUUACCUGUCUCUUCCUCCGUACGAAAGCAAGGAGGCGCUUCGUAGCAAGCUGAUGGCCGCGAUUCAGCAGUGUCGCGGAUUUGCAUUCCGUUAA